AUGGGCGAGCAACCAUAUGCAGAGACAACGGGGGACAACCUUAACUUAACAAUUCCUGAACCUGGUUUGAGCACUAUGAAGAACGUUUGUGGCUCUAUCAAGUGUGUUGUUGUUGUUAUCUAUGGACGACCUCUUGUGAUUGAACCUUAUCUAUCAGAUGUUGAUGCUCUCGUAGCUGCAUGGCUCCUGGAAGUUAAGGUCAAGGUGUAUCAACAUUGCAAGGAUUCCUCAAAAUACUUUAAUGGGCAUGGAAGAUCGAGAAGAUGUAACUCUGGAGGUAAUAUUACUUUAUGGAAUGGUGGUGAUGUGUAUAUGGAGGAGAUUCUUUGGGGUGCUUUUUCCAUGACUAUCAAAUUUAGAAACAUCAAAGAUGGUUUUACCUGGAUUUUUACCUCAGUCCAUGGUGCUUCUGAUCCAGCUGAUUAUUCUCAAUUCUGGCUAGAAUUAGAAGACAUUCGUACCAUAAUAUAUGAACCUUGGUGUGUUGGUGGAGACUGGAAUGUUAUUUUAUGUCAGGCUGAGAGAAAUAGAGCUGGUGGAAAUAAAAGAAACAUAAAGAAUUUUAGGAAUUUCUUAGAUUCCCAAAAUUUGUUAGAUAUCCCAAUGGGAGGAGGAAGAUUUACAUGGAAAAACUCUCAAAACUCUCCACUUCUUCAGAGAUUAGAUAGAUUUUUCAUGUCUAUGGAAUGGGAAGAUAAAUGUUUAGGAUUGGUGCAAACAAGACUCAUAAGACCUGUCUCUGAUCAUGCUCCUAUCCUUUUGAGCUGGAAUGGAGGUACUUCUUUCAAAUCUCCUUUUAGAUUUGAGAAUUAUUUCUUAUCUCAUCCAGAUUUUUUAAAUAGUUUGAGAAUUUGGUGGAAUAACUUGACUUUUUCUGGCAACCCAAGUUAUAUUCUUGCAAAAAAGCUUCAAGGAUUGAAAUUUUUCAUCAAAAAAUGGGGUAGAGAAAAUUUUGGUUCUUUACAGGCUGAGGUGGACAGACUAGAGAAUCUUAUUGAUGUGAUGGAUAGUUUAGAAGAAAUAAAUGGUUUAUCACAAGAAGAAUUUGCUGAAAGAGAGGACUUUAGAAUUCGUCAUAAAUACAGAUCAAAAGGCAUUACUUCUUUGGUCAUAAAUGACAAUACGUGUCAUGACAAAGAUGUUAUCAAUGCUGAAGCAAAGAGGUUUUACAUUGAUCUUUUCAAAGAAGACCAUGCUCUAAGACCAACUUUUGAUGAUAUGCAUCUCCCUUCUAUGUCAGUGCAGCACAGCAUUAUGCUGGAGAAACCUUUCAUUGAAGAAGAAGUGACCAAUUCCAUCACUCUUGAUUGGAGACUUAACUGCACAAACAUCAUUCUUCUGCCAAAAAUUGAGGGUGCAGUUUCUAUGCAUAACUUCGGGCCAAUUAGUCUUAUUGGAGCUUCUGAGUUGAUAGAUGCAAGAGAAAGAUCAAAUAAUCCUGGCCUUAUUGUCAAAGUAGAUCUUCAAAAAGCAUUUGACAACAUAAAUUGGAGUUGUUUAGAUUAUAAAAUGUCAAGAUUUGUCUUUGGGAAUUUUUGGAGAAAAUGGAUCCAUUGGUGCAUUUCUACUGUGAGAUUCUCUAUCUCUUUAAAUGGUUCUUGUUCUGAGUUUCUUAGAAGCAGUAAAGGGGUCAUACAAGGUAAUCCAUUGUCACCUUUCUUAUUUAUCUUGGUGGUGGAAGUUCACUCCUUUAUGAUACAAAAAUCAGUCGAGUUAAAUCUUAUUCAAGGUUUCAAGUCUUUUGCAAAUGGUGACACCAUAAACCAUCUGCAAUUUGCUGAUGACUUAAUAAUGUUUCUAGAUGACAGUGAAGAACAAGUUACAACCCUUAAGAAUCUAUUGAUUGCUUAUGAAAUGGUUUCAGGCUUAAAAGUGAAUUUCAAGAAGAGUUCUUUGGUUGCUAUAGGAAAUGCUCAAUUUGCCAACUCGUGUGCAUUAAGUUUUGGAUGUCCAGUAGUGCAGUUUUCUCUAAACUAUUUGGGAAUUCCUAUAGGUAGCAAGUCAAAGUCAGUAACAGUAUGGGAGGUGAUUUUGCAGAAAUUCCAAAAAAGAUUGAGAAACUGGCAAAGAAGAUACCUGUCUAAAGGAGGAAGAUUGAUUCUUAUUAAACAUGUCCUUUGUAGCCUUCCUAUUUACUAUCUUUCACUAUUCCAGAUACCUGCUUCUAUAAAAAAAAUAAAUGGACAGCAUAUGAGAAGCUUUCUUUAG